AUGCUGCGUUCCUGGAUCACUUCAAUACUCUUCAUUCUUGGUUUUAUCAGCAUUGCUGUGAAUUGCAGUUUACAAUCUGAGCGAUUCGACAGGCAAGAUCGCGACUACCGACCAUUGCAGUUCGGUAAACGAGAUGGUCAUCGACCAUUACAGUUUGGGAAGAAAAGCUUUCGACCACUACAGUUCGGAAAGAGAGGUAUGGACGAAGCACCAGACUACUUCUAUGAUAUUUGA